UGUCCGGGCGGCGAUGCGCCAGCUGCGGCUAAGGGAGGGGCCCCGGGGCCUGUAAACGUGGUGCCUGCGGGGCUGGGCGGCCUCACCCGCCUCCGGCCCCCAGCUGAGGCCGGAGGAGCGCGGCGGCUCUCUCCGUUGCUUCUGCUUUUUAAAACCACAAAAUGUCUGAAGUUAAGCCAAGGAAAAAAGGUAUGUCUUCAUCCAAGACCAGUGAAGGGUCACAGAAGGCUGAGAAGCACAGUAAUUAUGGGAAGCUGGCAAGUCCCAGGACCAGCAAUAAUCACAGUUCCUUUUGGAUGGACUCAAGGACAAGUCUGAGUAUCAUUUCCCUUGCUGUUUGCCUGGUGCUGAGCUGGUUUCUAUUUCAGCAGUCAGGUCAAUUUGCUGAUCUGGAAAGAAAGUAUAAUUUUUUACAUCAAGAAGCUGAAAAAAUCCUGGAUGUGGGAAAUAAAGUAAACUUAAUUUCUGAAAAGCUUGAGUCUACUGAAAGUAUCCUGCAAGAAGCUGCCUCAUCCAUCUCUGUGAUGACUGAGUUUGGGCAGGAAAUACCUUCUCUUCACAACAUCAUAAAUGAUAUUCAGAACAAUGAACAGACUCUAUCUCUAAAGAUACAGAGCAUUAAUGAGAAGUUCCAAAAUGUUACAAAUUCCUGGAGAAGAAGCCUGGAUGAAAUUAACACAAAUGCUAGUGGUUUAAAAUCUGAAGCAAAGUUCAUACAUACAGAAGUUACUUCCAAAAUUAAUGAAGUUGACCAAAGAAUUAAAUCCCUUUCAGAAAGAGUAAGAGAUUUGGAAGACAGUACAGCCAGAAAUAUAAGAACACUAAAAAAGCAAGAAGAUGAUGAAUUCUCGAGAGUUGAACAAAAGUUGAACUUGGAUGCAAAGUCAGUUGAAAAGCUAGAAGAAGAACAGAAUAGUCUGGUAGCCAAGGACACAGACCUGAAUCAGAAACUUGCAAACUAUGAACCUAAAAUUGAGGAGUGCAAGACCCAUUUGCCAACAAUUGAAAAUGCUAUUCGCUCUAUUCUUAGGUUGUCAAGUGACUUGCUUGGUAUGGAGAAAAAGAUAGAGGACUUGAAGACACAGCUGUACACUGUGGAAAAUGACAUGUUGAAAACUGUUUCUGAUACAGUGGUGGUGCAGAAGGCUCUUGAAGCCCUACAGUCCAAGGGCAGCUUGUUCAAAGUGCAGCAUGAAAUAGCUGUUCUAGAAACAGGGCCUGACUUAACAGGAUCUUCAAAAGUAAAAGAAGUAACUUUGGAAAGCUUUAACUCAGAAAAUGACCAGAAUGGGAAUAAGUGAGUUUUGACUUUUUCAUUAAUGAAAAAGCACAUUUUUAUAAACAAUGUGAUUUAAGUGUAUGUCAGGGAUAGCUGAGAUAUUGUCAUUGAUCUAAAGAGACAUUGGAACAGCCUAAAAAGUUGAGAAUGAGCCUCUGUUAAAGAAGGAAAGGAAUAUUUUCUUAAAUUAAGGAUUCUUUUCAGCUUAUUUAUUAAAAUACCUUUUUUAUUAAAAAUAAUUUGAAGGACAGUAUUUAGGUUUAAGGGGAAAAGAGCUCAUAUUUUUAGUUUGUAUUUAGUUUUCACUACUUAGUUUCUUUUGUUGUUACUUUGUGUAUUGUUUUCCAUAGACUUGUAAAACAGUGAACAAUUAAUCAUUUACUUCUCAGCAGAGCUAGCUGUACCUUGCUUUUAAUGUAUUGUACACUGUGAUGGUUUGGUGCUGCAGGAAAACAGGAGUGCAUUUUUAACAGCUGAAGCUUAGGUACAACACCCUUAGGGAAAACACUAGUAAAAUACCCCCUAUUGAGAACUUUGUCUUGUUCUGGUAUCUAUAAGCAGCUGGUAUUUACAUAGCAGCUGGUUUGUUUUUAUUUCUGGGGAGUGUUUUGGUGCUUUAGAAACAAAUUUUAGCCUUUUCUUCUGUAGGAUAUUCUUUGUUAGGCAUUACAUGAUACGUCUCGUAUUGCUUCACAUUUGACAAGAAAAAUAAAAAAUUAAUGGUGUCACUGACAUUGUUUCCCAAAAUUUGCUGAACCAAGAGCUGUGGAAGUAAUUAAAGAAAUCAGUGGUGGAGUUAUGUGCUUGGGAGCAGGGAACAUCCAGUUUAUCCAUAGACCUACUGACAUGAUGUAGUACUACCUGAUAGCUGUUCAUUGAAAUUUGGAUCUCAGGGACAACACAAAUUGUCUACAGACUUAUUGUCUUGAUAAUUUUGUAUUUCUCAGGAAAGGAGAUUGCUUAGUAGAAACAGUAUGAACCCAUAACAUUUAUGACUUCAUCAGAUUUAAAUUAUUCUGGGUUUGUACAUUGAUUUCUUGAGAAUUCCACUGAAAUCUUCACUAAAGAGGUAACACUGCCUAUUCAAGAGACUAUGAAACCAAUGUUUCUCAAUGUUAUAAAGCUGUGUUGUCUUCAUACUAUUAUUGCUUAUAUAUAAAUUUCUGUCAGUUUACAGUCAUAGUCAAAAUAAAAAUAUAUUGUAGUGAAUUUCCUCAUCCUGGUGCAUAUAAUCUGAUUCAAAAUAAACUGCUCCUCCAGAAAGGAAUACAGAGUAAAUACUUUAGUGUUCCAUGUCCUAUUAGGAAAAACUAUUAUAUAAAUAAAUGUUUUUUUAAAAUACUUUUAAACACUUUUCACAAGCGUCUUCCAAGUUCUAGUGUUUCUACUUCGUAUGUUUUUGAGGCAGGGUGGUGAGAGUGCCAGUGGAAUGACCCCUAAUCUAAAAUCUUUCAUCAACCUCAACCCUACUGAAAGCUGAAUAUGAAGGAGGUUCAACAUGAAAUCCUCAUCCUUGGAGGACAUUAAGUAGGAAAUAAGCAUGACUUUCCACAACCUAAAUUUUGGUGUUUUGCUUUUGAGCAAACGGUUCUGAGCUAUUAAGGAAUGACCAGCACUAUGGAAGAGUUAAAAAUAUUUGUUCCUGUGAUGAUAUUUUUUCUAUUAGUGUCCAGAAAAGGAUUAAUAUAAAACUAAUUCUAGCCUCUUGGAAUGUGUUUCAGUUUGCUUGUUUGGUGUUUUUUUUUUCUCUCCAAGUUCUACUCUUACUGGGGAUUGAACAGGAUAGUAUCACUCAGAUGAUUUCCUUUUUCGCUCCCAAAUUUGAAAACCAACAACGAAUCAUAAGAAAAUAAAAAUAAAAGAGUGAACUAGCAAAUCAAGACAAAAAUCCAGCAGUAAGCAUGAGUUUUCUUUCACUAAAUAGCUUUCAUGGAGAUUUUAAAAUUCCUGUAUAUGGAAGAAGAUUCCAUUUGAUGACUUGUGUUUUCAGAGGUUACCUUGGAAAGUCAUAUACCACCUUCCUGUGAUUUUUUGUAGUAAUAGAAGAAGUACUAACAUUUAUUAUGUAUACUGAGAAGAAAAAAAAUGUGAUUGUGUUGUAACAGAA